CGGUUCUGAGUUCCAUCCCGAGAACAACACCAGGCCGAAGGCACCAGGAGCAGCACCACCCCAACGACACCAGCCAUGACCGCAUCCGCCAGCAACGCCGAACAGGCGCAGGCGAGCCUGGUGCAGAUCCAGCACCACCUGGACAGCCUGUUGGAUAUCCGAUCUGCGGUCGAGCAGCUCCAAGCCGCCCUGCUCUCGGCCCAGACUGCCCUUGGAUGGGCCGAACGCUAUAGCCAGGACCCGCAGCAGUAUCGAGAAGCUGUGGAUCGGUAUGCCGCCGCGAUCCUGACAGGCCUGGUUGCAUCAGCGAGCCCGCUCGGCAAUCUCGCCGAUCUGACCCACUGCGCCCUGCGACAUUACCGCGACUCGCCUGCCACCCAGAUUGUCUAUGCAUUCUUCCUGGCCGGCAGCCAGCCGGGCGAGGGCAUUGCUGUCCUGACGCAGCUGAUUGAAUCGGGCAGCACCAGCACCCAUACCGACACCAACGCCGCUUCUGACAAUGCCCACACCACCAGCGCCGGCUUCGGUCCACGGCUUCUGUCCAGGCUACUGUCGAUGCGGGGCUGGCUCUCGGGGCUUGCGCUGGCGCCUGACCAGGCCGACGCCGACUUUUCUCGAUCGAUCGAGGCAGAUUCCGACAACGACCAAGCCCUGUACUUGCGAUCCAAGACCCGUGCCUCGCAGCGACGUUAUGGCGACGCCAUUGCGGACCUGACCCAGUACCUGUCCAUGGCCCGGCCUGACGAGCCCAAGCUCGCGCAUGGCUGGUACGAGCUCGGCCAGAUGUGGUUCCGCCGCGGACCCAAGAAGGAGCUGGGCAUCGGCCUGCAUGACCUGCGUGCGCGGCUCGAGGCCAUCAUCCACAGCGCACACGAGGCCGAGCAGGCCGCGGGAGGAUCCGAUGCGGCCGAGUUGCAGUCGCUGCGGGAGACGACGGACCGGAUGCUGCAGAAGGUGACCUCCCUGACGCAGUGACCCAGGCGACGACCUGGAUAGUGGCGGGUCCGUGGCGGGUCCGUGGCGAUCUCCGGCCUUGCAGACGAACACGUUGCCGAGUGUCGCUCGCUCGCAGCCGCAAAAUGCAGCCAAUCGGCAGGAAGGACAUGACCUGGGCCCCAGGCCUUGGUGUCGCCCAGCCAAGUGCACGCCGAGAGACCAAGGGCCACCAGCACGCACAUGGCGCCAUCGGGGCUGUCCAGCCAGCGGGCCUGCAAAACCUUCGCGGGAGCUGCUGCGGCCGGGUUCUGCAGAGAAUACAACCCAAUCGCUGCUUUGGGAAAGCGCCGCAGCCACAGCAAGCCCAAGCUUUUGCAUUCCGCAAUGUCCACUUGGUGAUGUCUCCGCCCAAUAACACCGAUCCAUUAAACUUGUCGGGGCUUGCUCGCCGGC